UUCUUAUAGUUGGUCACAAACCACACAGUGCAAAUUAAGUGCAACACCAAAGCUACAGUAUGAAGAAACUUCAUAUUUCGAUCCUGUUUUCGUUCCUUACAGGACUAGUUAUCUGUCAACAGAAACCAUCUAUUCUUCGUCGUAAUCAAAGAUAUCCCAACGAUGAUGAAAGUAACAUAUGCAGUCGCAUACGAGACGUCAUUCCACGCAAUUCGGGACGUUUUCGCAAAAUCCUUAUCCGAAAUACAAAGAACGAUGUCAUUUUUGUUAAUGAAGAUUGCCGGCGAAUGACCGCUCGUUGCAAAAGCAAAUUGGAUGCUGUCAUAUCUCUAGCUAAACGUGAAUGGUCAGCGCUGAAAAUUCGAGUAUUAAAAGCUUGGACGGACCGGGUUGACAUAAACGACCCAAUAUCACUGCACUAUGAAGGUCGUUCCUUGCGUCUUCAAACAUCAGACAGGGACCCUAACAAACUGAGACGACUGGCAGGCAUUGCGCUCGAAGCAGGUUUUGAUUGGGUGAAAUACUCUAGUAACGGCUACAUCCGAGCCUCUGUAAUCCCUGAUGUCUGCCAGACAUCUGUUGAUCUCGUCUUUCUACUGGAUGGAUCAGGUAGCGUCAGACGGAAAAACUUUCUCAAAGUAAAAGAUUUUGUGAAGAAAGUGUUGGAUUUCUUUAAUAUUGGUGUAACGGGAACCCAUGUUGCUGUCGUGAAGUACUCGACGAACAUAAAAACAGAAUUUCCUCUCAAUCGUUAUUACACUAAGUCCGAUAUGAAACGGGCUGUGGACAGAAUAUCCUAUGAACGCGGCUUAACCUUCACAGGCGAAGCUUUGAACCAUCUACGUCAUCACAUAUUUACCAAGUCAGCAGGCAUGCGUGCUGAUGUUGGUAUACCAAAAGUCCUGGUGCUUUUAACGGACGGUUACUCAAAUGGUAUUUCGGUUGGUCCUCCUGCUCAAAAGUUAAAGAAUUUAGGCAUAAGUAUAUUUAGUAUAGGUGUUGGCCACCGUUUUAGCUUGUCUGAACUAAAGGAAAUCUCAUCUGAUCCUGAUUCCGACUACGUUUUUAAGAGAACUUUCGACAAUCUCAUAGCGAGUUGGGUGGAUCAGCUCAGUUCAGUCUCUUGCAGUGAGGCAUCAUUGAUCGACUCGUGCAAGAAUUCAGAAACGUCUGUUGAAAGCGGUUCAUUCAAAUAUUUUCGCACGCAGUUUCAUUAUGUAACAGGAAGCACAAUAAGCGUCGAAUUACGUGAUGUUGUAGGUGUGAGUCAUUUGUAUGCUUCAAAAUCAAGCAAGAAUCCGGGACCUUUGGAUCCUGCUAGCAUAAAGAAUGAAGACAAAAAAUCGCCCAGAGCUGUUUCUGUCAGUGUGGACAGCUCAAAAACUGUGUUUGUUGCCGUGCAAGGUCAACGAAAUAAAAAUACAUUUACGCUCUCGUUUUGGGACAAUCUCUUCAAGGAAGUCACGUACAAUGUAAAGAUUGCGGAAAAUGAGCCAGCAAAAAUGAUUUCUUCUCUUGGAUUAUCCACGUCGAGAUACAAAUUAAAGUUCAAAAUAUCAGAUGGAAACACUGGAAAUGCAUUUAGAAUCGACUCAAACGUGCCUAAAUUGUACACAACAAAAGCUUUGGACAGAGAAAGCAUUUCUAUGUACUCUUUGAUUGUUGUUGCUGAAAACGAGAGAAACAAAUGUCAUAAAAGUCGUACAAAUAUCAUUGUUAAUGUACUAGACAAAAACGACCAUGCGCCAAAAUUUACUCGUAGUUUAUAUACACUGUCAGUUUUGGAAAACACCGCUGUAAAUACGGUGUUGACAACUGUCCAGGCAACCGACAAAGACUCGGGACAGAAUGGUCAAAUCACUUAUACUAUUACGUCACAAGAUUCCCUGAAUAAAUUUCGUAUCAAUAAGCGAGGAGAAGUUGUUCUCAAAGGGCAGUUGGAUUAUGAGAGCACUCAAAGAUAUACGAUACAUCUCGAAGCACGAGAUGGCAAAGGACUUAAGGAUAGUUCUAGACUAGUGGUGACUGUUCUAAACGUCAACGAAGCACCAACUUUACGUUGCAACAAUGUAAACUGUGAAUAUACAGUCAACGAAAACGUUCCCUUGGGUACCAAAUUUGCUGCACAGAUGCUGGGCUCAGACCCGGACUCAAGAACGUCAUGUAAACUAAAAUACAGUGUUCAAUCUACCGUAAAGAACAAAUUCAAUAUUCAAUCAGAUGGUGUACUAAAGACCAACGGUCCUCUAGACCGCGAGUUACAGCCGAUCUAUCGCUUUUAUGUAACUGUAACGGAUUGUGGAGGAUUAACAGAUAGUGUCCACGUGACAGUCACGUUGACGGAUGUGAACGAUAACGCUCCAUAUUUCUCCGGAAAUUACUUGGUCAAUAUACUUGAAAGCGAACAACCCGGUAGCAACGUGUUGCAAGUCACAGCAAAAGACGCGGAUGAGGGAGCUAAUGCAAGAAUAAUGUAUAGUUUAUCCGGUCCAGAAUCCACAGCGUUUUUAAUUAGCUCGAGCGAUGGUAAAAUAACAACAAGAUCAUCUUUGGAUUUUGAAAAGAAGCAAUCGUAUCAGUUUCGAGUCAUAGCAUCGGAUGGAGGACAAAAUGUUCAACGAGGUACAUCUAGGGUCACUGUGAACGUCGUUGAUGUAAAUGAUAACGAACCGGUCUUUGGUGGACCGUAUACUGUACAUGUUUCUGAAGAUGUUGCACGUGGCAAGAACGUGAUCACUGUGAAGGCAACUGAUAAAGAUUCGGGGAAACGUGGUAAAGUUCAUUAUUCCAUUAUUGAUGGAAAUAAGGACAGCGCAUUUGCCAUCGACUCCAUUUCUGGUUCAAUAAGCGUCAGUUCCGUCCUUGACAGGGAAACCAAAGCAUUGUAUAAACUCGUUAUUCAAGCAUCAGAUCAAGGCUCGCCAUCUCUCAAUUCUCGAGUGAAUGUCGUCAUAACAAUCGAUGACGUCAAUGAUAACAGACCCGUGUUUCAGGGUGAACCUUUUAAGCGAUCUGUACCAGAAAAUUAUUCUCUGACAAACGUUCUUCUACAGGUUAUUGCAGUGGAUGCUGACGCUGGAUACAAUGGGACAGUUGUGUAUAGUAUUAAGUCUUCAACGGCAGCGAAUACUUUUAGUAUUGAUGGAAAUAACGGCGAGAUAAAGCUGAAGAAAUCCCUUGACUACGAAGUAACAAAAGAUUACAGCUUUACCGUCACUGUAACAGAUGGUGGAGGACGAAAAACGGAAACAAACAUUCAAAUAACCGUCGAAGAUGUAAAUGAUAACAAACCAAUAUUUCAAAAUGCUCCUUACAAUGCUAGUGUCUUAGAAAACGCAAAUAUAGGUCACGUAAUUGGUACCGUCAUUGCCACAGACCUAGAUACAGGACCGCGCGGUCGUGUGUCUUAUUCAAUUGCAAGUGGAAAUACUGGUAACGCAUUCCGAAUCAGUGCAGUUGGAAAUGUGGUGGUCGCUUCAAAUCUAGACUAUGAAACAAAAAGUAUUUAUGUGAUCACAAUAAAAGCUCAAGACGACGGUAAAGAUCCUAAGUCAAGUACGACACAAUUCAAGAUAGACGUUACUGAUAUCAACGAUAACGCACCAAGAUUUCAACAAAAUCUUUUUUCGUUUAAAAUCGCCGAAAACAACAUUGUAAAUACCGUAGUUGGUACUAUAGAUGAAGCAAAGGAUGCUGACUCCGGUAGUAAUGGUGAGAUUGACUACUUCAUCGUAAGUGGAAACACCGAUAGGACUUUUGUAUUAAGAAAUCGUGAUCUUUUUGCUAACAAGAGUUUGGAUCGAGAACAGAAAGACUUUUAUUCGUUGAUAAUCGAAGCGAAAGAUCGGGGUCAACCAUCUCUAUCAACAAGAGUUUCGGUCGAAGUUCUUAUCCUAGAUACAAACGACAAUGCUCCAAUAUUUACUCGCGACAAUUACAGUUGUGUUAUCGAUGAAAAUGCCGCCGAAGGCUUGCGUGUUUGCGCUGUUCGAGCGACUGAUGACGACAUUGGAAACAAUGGGACGAUCGCGUAUGAACUGGUAACAAGUUCAGAUGAAUUCGCAUUAUCGCAGGGAAUUUGGAAAGCGGGGAAAUCAAAAGUGAAAUUUCAUUUGACCGAGAGAGAAACCUCAUACAUGUUGCAAGUGCAUGCUAAAGAUCUUGGCAAUCCCCAAAUGUCCUCAACUGCCAUGGUGACCAUUAAAAUUACAGAUGUGAACGACAACGCGCCGAAAUUUGACAAAGACUACAUGUUUGCGGUAUCAGAAGAUGCGUCAAGGAACGAGAAAGUUGGUAAAAUCAACGCGAGUGAUGUAGACGAGGGACAAAGUGGUUCAGUUGCGUACACUAUUAUUCAAGGAAAUAUCAAUUCUUCGUACGUACACGAGCAAGAUCUCCUUGGUCGCUUCACAAAUACAGGAGAACUAACUGUGCAGUCGUCAUUAGAUCGUGAAAUGUUGAGCAGUUUCAAGCUUACCGUUUCUGCAUCAGAUCAAGGAAAUCCAACUCUUUCUUCGAGAAAAGUUAUUCCUGUGAAGAUCUUGGACGUCAACGAUAAUUCUCCCAAGUUUACACUUACUACGUAUGUGGGAAGUAUUGCAGAGGACGCUGCCAACCAAUCACGUGUUGUCCAGGUGAAAGCAAAUGAUGCAGACGAUGGCAUGAACGGUCAAAUCAAAUACGCUAUAUCUUCUGGGAUAAAAAAGGAACAUUUUGCCAUCGAUAGUGACUCUGGUUUGAUAACAUCUGCAAGUAAAUUGGAUUAUGAAACGAAAAAAUCAUACAACCUUACUGUCACAGCAACAGACCAAGGAACUCCAUCAAGAUUUACGACAUGUUUUGUCAAUAUUGAAGUCAUAAACACCAAUGACAACGCACCAACCUUCGUCCCAGGCUCUCCAGUGGCAUACGUCAACGAAGGUGUUUCCAUCGGAACUGAAGUGGUAAAGUUCAACGCGACUGACAAAGAUGGCAAUCGCCUAGCAUUUUCUAUCACACUAGGCAACAUCGCGGGCGCAUUUUUAAUCAAUAACGAUACGGGACUUCUUACAACACAUUUAAAAUUAGACAGAGAGAAGAUUGACCGUUACAACCUAACGGUUACCGUUACCGAAUCUUCUUCUGUACAAGGCUCGGCCCAGUCAAGCUCUCAAAAUCUCAGCGUUAUCAUUACUGAUACAAAUGAUAAUCCUCCCGUGUUUCAACCUUCACAUUAUUCAAGAAAUAUCACAGAGAAUUCACCAAAAGGAGUCUUAUUAACCGUUAAAGCAACAGACAAAGAUCUUGGAGAUAACGCUAAAAUCAUAUUCACUUUGGACUCCAUCUCACAACAGUGGUUCAGCGUCGAUUCUAGCACAGGAAAAAUUUCAAGUAUUGUUUCCUUAGAUCACGAAGAUCGAGCAACUCACGCGGUCACAGUGACCGCAAGGGAUUCCGGUACACCCGCUUUGCAGGCUACAACGUUGGUAAAAGUGACGGUUAAUGACAUGAAUGAUAAUCGUCCGCGAUUUGCAAAAGACUACUCCACGGCACUCUUAGAAAACACAGCUAUCAACAGCACCGUUUUACAUGUCCACGCUUUUGAUCCCGACUCCGGUAUAAAUGGGAAGAUUUUUUAUAAGAUUGCAUCUGGUAAUGAUUUGGGAUACUUUAAAAUUGAUAAAAGUAGCGGGAUCAUUGCGGUUGCCAAGUUACCUGAUAGAGAACAAUAUUCUAUGUUUACACUAAACGUCAGCGCAGGUAAUCAACCCAAAUAUGCUCUCUCUACACCACCUUCAAGAUCAAAUUGCAUGGUGAGCAUUGUAAUAUUAGAUGCAAACGAUAAUGUGCCCACUAUCACAAACAACGUUUCUGACGCUCAAAUCGAGGAAAACUCCGAAAAAGAGAAGUUUGUACUUCGUGUUGUUGGUAAUGAUAAUGAUAUCGGUGUCAAUGGAGAGAUCCGAUACGAUAUUGUCGCCGGAAAUAUUAAAAAUGCGUUUAAAAUUGAUCGUUAUACUGGCGUCAUUACCACGCGUUUUUCACUAGAUCGUGAGAUCAUCGCUAGGUACGUUUUGUCUGUGAGAGUAAUGGAUAAAGGUAACCCAAGACUUUCGUCUACUAAAGACUUCGUUGUGAACGUCUCGGAUGUGGAUGAUAAUGCUCCGGUGUUUAAAGAGGAUGUUUACUAUGAUAAAGCUUGUCGAGACUACAUCAGUACUGAGUCUGCAAGUGUGAACACGUCAAUACAGCAUCUUCAAGCGACAGACAAGGAUUAUGGAAUAAAUUCCGAGAUAAGCUAUUCAAUCGUGUCGGGAAAUGAAAAGCGUCACUUAAGAAUCGAUCCAAAGUCUGGCGAGAUAUUCACGCAAUCUCAAUUGGAUUACGAAACAUUAAAUACGUACAAUCUAACCGUGGAGGCCCGGGAUACAAAACACGUGACGAGUGUUAGCAUCGUGGUUCGUGUCAUAAAUGUUAACGACAACAGACCAGUAUUCAACCCAGCAUCGUACUCAAUAAACAUUCCUGAAAAUUAUACCGUGGAUAAAACAAUAUUUGGUGUUUCAGCAACGGACAAGGACUCAUUUGGGGGUCUCACAUACAGCUUAGAUAAUCAUCACGACAUAUUUACAAUAGAUCCGUCAAACGGACACAUUAGUGCAAUAUCCAAGCUUGACCGCGAGACUGUUGAUUAUUAUAAUAUCACAAUUCGAGCCACUGAUGGUGGAACUCCAUCGCUGACCGACACUGCUGUUGUAGAGCUUCGGAUAACGGAUGUCAACGAUAACUCGCCGAUUCUUAAUGCAACUCAAAAUAAAGUAUAUAUUGCUGAGAAUUCAGAGGUUGGAUCUGUGUUGUUGAUAAUUACAGCGACUGAUAAAGAUAUUGGUGUGAACGCUGAACUACGUUACAGUAUCGAAAACGGUAAUGAAGCGGGUAAAUUUCAAAUGGAUGCAUUGACUGGUGUCCUCAGCGUCAAAGGUGAUAUUGAUAGAGAAAAAGUUGACCAGUUCAGUUUGAAAAUAAUGGUACGUGAUCUUGGCACUCCUUCCCAGGCCUCCACUCCAUUGAUGAUCUCCGUGAAAGUACUGGAUGUCAACGAUAACCGACCGUUAUUUGUCAAGAACACAUAUGAGCAAAAUAUUACCGAAAAUUUGUCUUCGGGAGUUUUCGUGCAGCAAGUUGAGGCAGUUGAUGCCGAUCUUGGAUUGAAUAGUCGUGUUACCUAUGCAAUAGUGAGUGGUGCGCAAGGAUACUUUGCUAUAAAUAAUGAAUCUGGCAUCAUUGAGACCAGCGGUCCAUUGGAUCGUGAACAUAUUGCCAAGUUCGUUAUCGUGAUUGAAGCUAAAGAUUGCGGAAAUCCUAGCCUUAAUUCUACUAUAUCAUUGCUGGUGAACGUGUUAGACGCCAAUGAUAACUCCCCGCAACUUGAAACCAUUGUGGCGAAUGUAACCGAAGAGAAACCGAAAGGGAGCAAACCUCCAUUAUCAACUAUGGCAGAUUUUAUUAUCAAAGUGAUCGAUAUCGAUGACAAUUGUCCUGUAUUUAACCCUAAAGAAUAUAAUGUCACCAUUCCGGAGAACCUACCAGACCGUACUUACAUUCUGCAAGUGUUUGCUACAGACCUCGACACAGUGGGAAGAAGAUUGAAGUACACAAUCCGUAGUGGAAACAUUCAAACGACGUUCAGAAUGAAUGCAAGUGAUGGUGUUCUUCAAUCCAGUCACAAUGUCGACCGCGAAAUUGCCGCCGAGUACAAUCUUGUCGUACAAGCUGGAAAAGAUUUUUGUGGUGUUAAAGCCUCUGAGGAUUUAGCCGAAAGCGACUAUUUUGAAUAUUCAAAGUCCAUCGCUAAAGUGAAUAUCAUUCUCACUGAUCUCAACGAUAACGCUCCAAUUUUCCAUCAAAGUUUUUAUCAAUACGAAUUGGAGGACGUCAGUGCUUCCACUUUGUUAAAUGUGACAGCAAGUGAUCCAGACGAAGGAAUCAAUGCUGACUUUGAUUUUGGAUAUGGAGGUGUUACGAGGAAUGGCUCAAGUCGAACAUUAACUGUGACAGCAACUGAUAAAGGAACUCCACCAAUGACAUCAAGUGCAGCAGUAAAAAUCAUCGGACGUGAGUGUGAGGCGAUGCAAUUUUCCGUGUCGCCGCGUGGCCUCGUUACUGCCAAAACAUUGUGUUAUUUUGAUCAGAUCGUGGUGCCCAAAAAAGCUAUUGUCGGUGAAUCAGCUGUUUUCAAUUGCACUGCGAAAGGUAACUCGGUUCCAGAGUAUCGAUGGUAUAGGCAAGGUGUUCCUAUUACUGAUUGGUCAAAGAGUGGCGAAUAUAGGAUAAAAUUUUUGACGAUAAAUGACGACGGUGAAUAUUCGUGUGUUGCGUCAAGCGAAGCGGGUAAUCUUAUAUCAACUUCGCAACGGUUUGUCGUACGAGAGCCAGCAAGGAUCGAUGUUCAUCCUAUAGAUGUUUGGGUGGAAGAUGGUAAGCGGGCAAAGAUGAGUUGCCAUGCUGUAGGACAUCCACCAAUUUACUACAAAUGGUACAAGAAGGGUAAUCUCAUCUUGAGUUCAUCUGACGUCAUUGCCGAUAACGCUGAUCUCAUAUUUGGUAAAGUCACCCCACAGGAUGCGGAUUCGUAUCGUUGUGAAGUAUCAAACCAAGAUACAAAGCCUGAGAUGUCAAAGCCCGCACGUAUUUAUGUAUUCACGCCAGAUACUGUCGUAGAAAUGGAUUUGACUGUCGACAAGCCUUAUGGGAAAGGCAAAGAUUCAUGUCAAUAUUUCAAUAUGUCAACAGUAGAGGAAACAGUUGAAAAAAUGAUUGUAGGAAAAUGGCUGUCGUUGAGUUUGAUAGAUCCCCACAGUUAUGUAAUCUAACGGUGUGCUCAUCCGAUCCUUGCUCGAACAACGGCCGAUGUGAAGUACAGGGAUCAACGUUUGUAUGUCACUGUCCGCGCGAGUGGACAGGGAGACGGUGCGAGAUUGAUGUAGAUGAAUGUAGAAUAGGUCAGUACCGAAGGUCUCUGUUUUCUUUUUUGUGUAUUUCUUGUUUAUUAAAUUUUGUGCGGGUCUCACAGCCACGUGCACAAAUAAUGGACGGUGUGU